GUGGUGAAACGGAAGCAGCGUGGGGAGGGAACACCUGAAUCAGUCCAUUGAGGGGUCCAUGGCAGGAACUUCAACGGAGCACAAACUUGGAAGCAGGAGCUGAUGCAGAGGCCAUGGAGGGGUGCUGCCUACUGGCUUGCUCCCCAUAGUUUGUAUUCUCUGAGCUGGCCAUGAGCCUGCUUUCUUAAAGAAUCCAAGACCACCUGCCCAGGGGAUGGCACCUCCCACAGCGAGCUGUCCCAUCAAUUAUCCAUCAAGAAAAUGCUUCAUAGUCUUGCCAAUCUCUGGGGGCAUUUUCUCAAUUGAGCCCCCCCCACACACACAAAUGACUGUGGCUUGUGUCAAGUUGACAAAAACUAGCCAACACAAUCCUGCCUCUGGAAAAUUAGAAAAAGCAGGGCAUGGUGGUGCAUGCCAUUAAUCCCAGCAGUCUAAAGGCAGAGAAUGGUGGAUCUCUGAGUUAGAGGCCAGCCUGGUCUACAGAGUGAGUUCCAGAACAGCCAGGGCUGUUACGCAGAGAGACCCUCUCUCAAAAAAACAAAACAAAACAAGAGCAUCAUGACUUUGAUGGCCUGGUUCUUUGGCUGGAAUUGUACAAAAAGCAAAGGUUUAUGUAGCUCAGUUUUAGAGAUUGGAAGUCCAAAUACCAUUACCAUAUUUUAAUUAGUUCCCAGAUGCCCCAUCUUUAAACACUGUAAUGGGACUAACUUUUCGCUGUGUGUGCAUGAGUUACAGAGCCCAUGUGGAGGUCAGGGGACAAUGUUGAUUCUCUCCUUCCCCUGUGUGGCUCCUGAGGAUGGAACUUAGGUGGCCAGGCUUAGUGAUAAGCAUGUUUACUGGCUGAGGCAUCUGGAAGACACCAUCUCUACCUUCUUUUAUUUUUGCCUUUGCAUAACAGUAUUCAAGGCUUUGUGAGUUAAACUUUGUGAAUUAGGGGAAGCCAUGACAGCAACAGGACCCUGGCCUCCAGGCCAGCCUCUACAGACCCAGGGAGCUCCAGGCAGGGGCACCAAGCAGGCUUCAGCUUGCUUCCCUCCAGCCUCCAAGGAUGCCCCAGUCCCUGCCUGGACUUUGGUGCCCCAGGGCAGGAUGAUGCAUCUGCCUGUGGGUACUAACAAGUCCCCAAGUGGUGGAGGGCCUGGCAUGCAGGCCAAGUGGCCUGCUGACAAUGAUCCCAGCCCUGGAAUGUGUGCUGUCCCCACUCUACACCUGACAAGGCAGCAGUGAGUUGACACCAAGCCCAAGGAUGUGUUUGUUAUCUCGAUGCAUGACACUGGACCUGUGUUCUAGAAGGAACAGCCAGUUCCAGCCAGCCAGGCUGCACAGUGCCAGUUCCAGCCAGCCAGGCUGCACAGGGAGAUGCUUUCUCAAAAGAAAACAAUUUAAAAAGGGCUAGCCAGCUGGGAGCAAAGACACCUGUCACCACAGCCCCUGGGAGACUGAGACAUUGGGAUGCUGAGUCCCAGGUCAGCCCUGGCCCCACAGUAACAUCCCACUUCAAAGCAGCCAGAAGAAAACAUGAACACCAAUAAUUUUUUGAAGCCUCAAUUUUAAAUUUAAAAAAAUGCUAAUUGCUCUUCCCACCCCAGAGUGGUGUCCAUUAUUAACUCUCAUGAAGGGGACAGCCAUAGCUGUCCACGUUAUUUUCGCUAUGGCUUCUUGGGCUCGCGAUCGUCUCUUCUUCCCCCCUUUGCUUUUAUGUCUCCCAGGACAUUUUGAUUGUUCCCCAACUUUACACUUGAGCAAGUUGAUUUCCAUAUCCUCAAAACAACCUGACUGGGCCUCCAAAGGGACAGUGCCAGUUCAAGGAACAUCACAGUUUGCUGAUUUUUCCAAACAAGUUUUGUAUAGGCUUUGUACCCUUGGGAAACUCUCAGACAAGAUCCGCAUGGAGGGCAACAAGAGAAACAAAAGAUGAAUUAAGGCUAGGUGCGGCCCUCUGGAGCCAGGCCGGGUGUAACUCAGUGGGAAUUCUCCUACCACGUGGGUUUGGGGCUGGGGAACAGCCAAGUGACUCAGCCUGGGCUCAGCACACACAAGGCCCAGGACUGAGUCCCAGCACAAGUGACCGAGUGCUUGGAUUUUGGAGCUUUCCCGAGUUCAGCAGGGUCAGGCUCACAGUAUCAGUCACUCAUCUGGCUGCUAUGACUCAGUGGGCUUCUGGAGGAGAGUUAGUUUCCCACCACCCAUACUGAGGAUCACAAGUCUGCUAACUCAGUCCUAGGGUAUCCCACGCACUCUCCUGGCCUCUGCAGGCACCAGGCAAGCACUUGCUACAGAGGCGAAAACACCCAUGCACACAUAAAAAAUAAAUUAAGCAAAAAUAGAGGGGAAGUUAAGGGGGAGGAACCAGAGGACUAUGUGGGUCUUCAUGGUGGAAGUGGCUGUCACCUCCAAGGUCCACACUCUGGCUGAUCUAUUUGGGUUGACGAUCUUAAGUCCCAAAGGCUUCCGUAUUCUCCCAAAAUAGACCGGGCAGCUGGGAGCCUUACAGCCACCUGUUGACGCGCACGAGUGGGGGCAGUUUCACAUCCAAAAGCAACAGGAUGUUCAACUGUCGCGCAGCGGUUGUCCCGCGGAGUUUUCUCUUCUGCUGCAGACAGCGGUGGGCUGAGGGCCUUACAAACCACAGCACCUGCUCGGUUAACCGGAAAAGCAGAGUCUGGCCGGGACAGGCGAAUGUAGAGAGAGUCGUGCAGGCACGGGGAUGUCAUGGAUAUAUGUGACAGGGUCCCACUCCUUAGCCCAACCUGGCCUCAAACUCACAGCCAACCUCCAGCCCUUGCCACCUGAGUGCAGGCGUGAGUGUGGCCUCGCACGCUUGGCUUACGGACUUCAUGAUGCUGUAGUUGGCUCACUCUGUGCGUCCGGCUCCGCAGACAACCGCUACACCCUCAGGAAGGACGACCUGUGCCACCCAGGUGCGCCCCGCCCACCACCCUGGAGCACAGCGUGCAUUGGGCUUCCGGGAACAACCUGCCCGGCCUCGGCCAGGCGUCGUCUGCGCAACUGCGCAUGCGACCGCGCAGGCGCAUUGGCGUCCGCCGGGCGCGCCACCGCCUGCCCGCCGCCGCCAUGGCCGCACCCGCGCCGGGUCUCAUCUCGGUCUUCUCCAGCCCGCAGGAGUUGGGCGCGUCGCUGGCGCAGCUGGUGGCGCAGCGGGCCGCGAGCUGCCUGGAAGGGAGCCGUGGCCGCUUCGCGCUCGGCCUGUCGGGCGGCAGCCUGGUCUCCAUGCUGGCCCGAGACCUGCCCGCCGCCGCCGCUCCCGCCGGGCCCGCCAGCUUGGCGCGCUGGACGCUGGGCUUCUGCGACGAGCGCCUCGUGCCCUUCGAGCACGCCGAGAGCACGUACGGCCUCUACCGGACACACCUGCUCUCAAAGCUGCCCAUCCCAGACAGCCAGGUCCUCACCAUCGAUCCUGCCCUGCCCGUGGAGGACGCUGCAGAGGAUUAUGCCAGGAAACUGAGCCAGGCCUUCCAAGGAGAUGCUGUCCCCGUGUUUGACCUGCUGAUCCUGGGAGUGGGCCCCGAUGGCCACACCUGUUCGCUCUUCCCUGGUCAUCCCCUCCUACAGGAGCAGGAGAAGAUUGUGGCUCCUAUCAGUGACUCCCCAAAGCCACCACCGCAGAGAGUGACCCUGACACUCCCCGUGCUGAAUGCAGCCCAGAGUGUCAUCUUCGUGGCCACUGGGGAAGGCAAGGCAGCUGUGCUGAAGAUCCCGGGCCGGCCCUGGGUCCGGUCUUCUCCACACAGCGCAUCCUGGAGGACAAGGACGGCGCGCUGCCCGCCGCCAUGGUGCAGCCGCGCACCGGCGCCCUCUGCUGGUUCCUGGACGAGGCGGCCGCGCGGCUGCUGUCGGUGCCCUUCGAGAAGCACUCCACGCUGUAGCGGGCCGGGCGCUCCGGGGCUGGCCUCGGGGCCGCGGAGGGACCCACUGGGAAUUAAACGGAGCGGUCCUGGAACUCUGGUCACUGUGGUUCUUGGUGGCCGAGGGUGGGUCGGGCGGCGAGCUCGGGGGCCGCCGACUGCGCACUGGGGGGGCGGGCAGAGAAAUGAGCCCCCAGGUCCCAGAACCGGCUCGCGGGUACCAUGUAGCUGCUUGUGUUCCGGCCGUGUGGCCGCAUCCCUGCCACUGGGGACAUGCCAGGGUUCACCUGGCACCUCAGCCAGCGCCUCAGUCCCCCUGCAUGCCUGCUCAGUCUUGAGCAGGGCGAACUACCGUGAGCGUCCCCCGAUGAUGCCGUGGUGUCUGAGGUGACUCUCGGGUGUUCCC